AUGGAUUUAAUUACAAUUCCAUAAACAAAUAUUUUAAUUGCAUUGACUAAUAAUAAGUAUUACAGCUAAUCUGCUAUAUUCUAUUAUAUAGAUAUUGAAACAAAUAAGAUAAUUAAUGUGGUUGAAUUAACUACUACUAUUUACUUAAUCAAGUAUGUACCUGUCCUUAAUGCUAUUAUAGGAAUAAGCUCUUCUACUUUUUACGUUUUUGAUAUAUACACUAUGAAUAUCUUAUAAUAAAGUAAAGUGGUGGAUUAAAUUUAUUCUGCUGAUAAUUUUAUUGAUAAUUCAAUAGCAGUAAUUGCUUCAUAGAAAAAUAUUGUAGUUUCCUAUGAUAUUAAAGAAAAAAAAAUAAUAAACACUUAUUAUUCAAAUAGUGCUGUUUAGAAUUUGAAAUGCUUGACCUUGCCAAACGGUGAACAUGUAGUAAUAAUGAAUGAUGCAUCAUAUAUCUUCUUAUGGGAUGUUGAUGAUGGAAACUAUGAUUUUAUUUAAUAAGUUUAAACCAUUAAUCAAACUUGUUUUGCUUAAUACCCUAACAGCUAUUACGUAUUUGCAAGCUUUAACUCUACAUAGCUUAAUUUAAUUGACUUAAAUUAAUAUAAAUCUUCCAAUUUUACUACUGUUUACGCAUUAGAAACAUUAGAUAUUUUAAAUAAUUAAACUGGAUCAUAAAACUAAAAUUAAACUUAAAUAGUUUAAAUCAUAAUUAGUUAACAGAACUAGUUAUCGCAUGAUUAUUUAGUUUUAGGCUUUUCAAAUGGAUUUUAAAUAAUUUUUUAAUUACCUAAAGAGUAUGAUUAGUAAAACUUCUAAUUAAAAAUGGUUGAAAUAUUCAACGUCAAAUUUGUAAAAGCUAUCAUGCCUGAUAAUAACUUAAACUUAUACAUUAGUGGAAUGUAUGCAAUUUAUGUCGUUAACUAUUACGAAGAAAAUAAUGCUUACAGAUACCUUUUAUUAUUUUUGCCUUAGUAUGGUAACACAAUAAGAUACUGUGUUGCAUAUUAAAAUCAAGAAGCAUACAUUUCAUCAAUAGAUGGUCAUUUAGCAGGAACUAACGAUUCAGGAACGAGUUUUUUAUUUUAUUUACAAUAAUAGUAUCCGAUAUAUCCUAAUUAUUUUAGUGCAUAACUUGUUAGUAAUUCAUAAGACUAGGAGAUAUCAUAUAAGCUUUUGAAUGGAGGAAUAAUGGUAUUCGAUGUUAACAACUAACAAUUUAAAUACUAUAAUGUGCUACAAAAUUAAAGUUGGGGAUAAUAUCAACAAUACUUGGUAGUAAAAAACACAGAUCAUUAUGCUUUUGUAUCAGCUUUCUAUUAAUAAGGAAACUAUUCUAUAUUGGUUCUAAAUUUAAAUACAUAAUAGGCCAAAUUUUAUUAACCUUCUGAUAAAAGUGUACUUAGUUAUCCAUUUGUUUACAGUGUUAACGAAUAACGAAUUUAUGCGACUAGCUAUAUAGGUGAUCUCUAUAUAUGGGAUUUCAAUACAACCUAAAUAUUUAAAUAAAAAAUAAGCAAUAUACCAAUAAUAUAAAUUUUGAGAAUAGAAUCAAGUAAAUAUAUAAUAGCUCUUGAUUUUGAUAAAAACCUAAUUCAAAUUUCUGAAUAAAAUUCAUCCAUUUAAACAAUUUACAAAUUCAAAACAGCUCUUACCACAAUGAAAUAUAUUGAUUAGGUUAAUUUAGUUUUUGUAGGAGAGUAAUUAAUUGGUAAUGUGUAUGGAUUUUAAUUUGAUUAAUCAAUAAGCUAAUAUAAGUUGCUCAUAUAGCUGAAAGCAUAGUAAGAUUAAACAAUCUUAGAUAUAAGUUUGACUCCAAUAACAAACCUACUUUUUAUAUCUGGUGAUAGUGCUAGUAUUUUUUUUGAUAUUUAAUAAUGCCUAAAGAAUAUGCAAUCUUGUAUGAAAUGCUCUCUUUCUUUUUAUAUAGUUAAUAAUUAAGAAUAGUAUUUAUCCUAAAACAGCUAUGGCUAGGGAACAAUAUCUUAUCCUUUCACAACAAACUAAAGUAUUUUACUGUCAUUUUUAAUAACCUAAAGAUACAAGAAAAUUUUAGUGAAUGUUUAGGAAAUAAAAACAGUAUUGUAUGUUAGCAAUAAAUACCCUUUAGAACUAUAAUAAUACAUUCUUCAAUUUAACUUCUAAAAUAUUUUAUAGUUAUAAAUUUUAUCUUAUUUUGAAGACAGCUUUGAACCAUCUAUAGUGUAUUUAGAAGGAGAUUUUUCUUUUAACAAUUUUUAAUCUGUUCUUUUAGGAAAUAUUACUUUGAUUUAUAAUAUCACUUAAAAUUAAAAUUGUUCUUUAAAUUUUAAUUCAAUAAUAAAUUAAGUAGUAUUGGAUAAUAUUUAGAUUUAAAAUAAUGAUCUUAAAAAUAAAGAUUAUUGCAAUAAUAUUAAAUUAAUCAAUUCAUAGUUUAGUCUAUAAAAUACUAUUCUUGAUUCUAAACAAUUUGCGAAUUUAACUUUUAUAACUUCUAUAGGAUCUUCAAAAGUUAGAUUGUCAAAUUUUAGUUUGGUAAAUUCUACUUUAGGUUUAUUUAGCAUAUUUAGUGAGUAAUCUCACACUUUAUUAGAAGUUGAUAAUUUAACUAUUUAUUAAAAUUAGUGCUUAAAUUAAAGCUUUUAAAAUUAAGAGUAAGCAAUAUCUUUAUUUUAAGCUGGAAAAAUUUCAUUUAGUAAAGUUAAUAUUUCAAAAAAUUACUUUUGUAAUAUGUAAAUAAUUUAAACAGUAGCUUAAAACACAAUAUAAAAUCUAUUAUUUAAUCUAAAUGAAAUUUAAGUCUUCAAUAAUUCAUUUAAAACAUUAUCUCAAAGUGUGCUUUUUUCUUGUCUUUUUUCGCUUUUACCUUAACCAGACCAUCAGAUAGCAAUAACAAACAUAUAAAUUUAUAAUAAUAUAAUAAUUUAAAAUUAAAAAAUAUAAAAUAGUUAGUACUUUUUAUCAAACAUGGUUUAAACUAGUAAUAUUUAAAAUAUUAUGCUAAGCAAUAUUAACAUAACUGAUAAUCAUCAAAUAUAAUUCAUAUUAAGUCAGUCAACAAUUAAUUUUAACCUUUAAAACUUUAAUUGCUCUUAUUCUGAUACUUACUAAGAGAAGAAUAGAAAUUAUCCAUCAUCAGGAUGUCUUAGUAUUUAAGAAGUAUUUAAUAUAAAUAUUUCAAAUUUAAAUGUUUUCUAAAAAGUAGCUCAUGAUUCGAAUUUAGUUGACAUAACAAAUCAAAAAAUAGAACAAACAUAUAUUUUGAUAUAAAAUAGUUCCUUUAAUAAUAUAAUAUUAGUACAAUCCCAAUAGUAUAACCAAGCAAACCCACUAAUAAUAAAAUCUUCUUAUCAAAGUAAUAUUAUAAUAGAAAACUGCACAUUUUCUAAUAAUAUGCUAUAUGGUAUACCUAAUUCAAUAACUCUUUCUAGCUCUGGAUUACAAAUCAUAAAUAUUGUAGGAAAUUUUGUCAUAAAUAAUUCAAAAUUUCUACAUUUAUCUUCAAAUUCAGAUAUUAAUGCUUUGUAUGCACUAUCUCCAAAUAUCUAAAUAAAUCUAUCAAUCUUUGAAAACACAUUAUAUCAAUAGGAUUAAGGAUAAGCAUCUAAUAAUAGUGAGAACAUUAUAAGCAUAAAAGGAGGAUCUAUUAAUGUCAAAACUUAAAAUCUACAAAUAAACUAAAGUAAUUUUUAAAAAUCUUUAUCAUAUACUGGAGGUUUUAUUUUUGUUACUUCCUAUUCAAAAACUUUGAUAAUUAGUAUAUCGGAUUGUGAAUUUAGUAAUUCUUUUACAAAAUUAAAUGGAGGUGUCUUAUUUUUAGAUAGUAUAGGCUCUUUUGUAUAAUUAACAUUAUCAACCUGUUAGUUUAAAAAUAUCUUUUUGCUUAAUUGGUAAGCAUCUCUGUUUUACAUAAACCAAGAUACAAUAGGAAAAAAUACAGAGAAUAAAAGUUUAAUUUCGCUAAACAAUGUGAAUUUUACUGAUAUUUAUGGUAAUGAUCAAUCUUCUAUAUUUUCUUUAGCUCUUUCAUAAUUAAAUAUAACCAAAUCACAUUAUAUUAGUAAUUAAAAUAUAACAUUUAAUGAAAUAAUACCUCUUAACUAAUUCAAUAAUUUUAUACCAUCAACAUUUAUUAGCUCUUUCAAAAGUUUUAUUUUUAUUAAUGAUAUAACGAUAUCAAAUAUAUCUGAUAAUUAUUAACUAAGCUCUGAUCAUCAAAUAUUUAUCAAUUCUUAAAAUUCUGAUAUCUCAUUAACCAAUUGCACCAUAUCUGAUAUUAAAAUGAAUUUAGGAGGUAUAUCUCAAUUCACAUCAGAUAUAGUAAAAAUUCAAAAUUUUUAGAUGCAUAAUAUUAUUUUUUAAACUCGUAAUAUGUUAAAAAGAGUGUUAUAAUAUUAAAAAAAUCUAUCAUGCUUACGUUUUAUUAAUGUAACCUUAACAAUAAAUUAAACUAACUCCUGUAAUAUAAAGUGCUAAUAUAAUUGUUAAGGUGGAUUUGCAUUUUUAGAUUCAUCACAGCUAACUCUAAUAAAUUCAAAUUUUUCAGAUAUAUAAUCUGAAAAUGGAGGUGUUAUAUAUAUUCAAGACCCUAAUUUAAAUUAAAUUAUAAGCAACAACACUUUCUAAAAUAAUACAUCGAGUUAAAAUGGAGGUGCUAUUUUGAUAUAAUCAAAUUAAGUUUAAGCUCUAUUCAAUAUGUCAAUAGUCUAAAAUUAUUUCCUAAAUAACUUAGCUUAGAAUGGAAAAGGAGGCUCAAUUUAUUUUUACUCAUAAAAUUCAAUUUAAAGGGGAUAUUUAAGUAUAGUAAAAAAUUAAAUAUUAAACAACAAAGCAUUUAUUGGAGGCGGUAUAAAAUAUGAAGGUAUUAUCCCAACAAUGUCAGAUAAUAUAGUUGAAAAUAACUCUGCUUUUUUAUAUGGAUAGAAUAUAUUCUCUUACCCAACUAGAUUAUUUUUAGAAAACAGUUUAGAAUUAGAAAAAUUGAAUAAUUAAAUCUAAGUUCAAAUAGAUAAAAUAAUUAUUACUAUGUAAAGGAGUGGAGCAAGUUUACCUGUAAUGAUAUUUACAUUAAGGAAUGAAUAUGAUGACAUAAUGAAAUUUGCCAAUACUGAAGACAUAUAAAGUUCUUAUAUAUUUUUAGAAAUUGAUCCUUAAACAUAAUUUUUUCAGCAAUUUUAUUUAAGAGGUGAAACCAAAGCCUAUUACAAUUAAGAAACAAAUAGUUUUUAAUUCAAAAAUAUAGAUUUAAUUGGUAAGCCAUAAUCUAAAACUAAGAUAAUGGUAAAAAGUAACUUAAUCAGAGAUAUUAAUACUAUAUAACUAACAGAUAAUUACUAUUUUGAAAUCUUUGUUGAAAUUUUAGGUUGCUAAAUGGGAUAAAUAAUUUAUAAAUACAAUGGAUUUUAGGAGUGUAAAAUAUGUGAAUAAGGGACAUAUUCUUUUGAUUAUAAUGAAUGUUACAAAUGUCCAAACGGAGCUGACUGUUUAGGGGGAAGCAAAAUUGUUGUAGAGAAAGGAUUUUGGAGAAAAGAAGAAAAUGAUGAUAAAAUUUUAUCAUGUGAAAACUUGAAAGAAAAUUGCUAAGGAGGUUCAUUUGGAAAUUAAAUUUGUUAUAGAGGACACAUAGGAGCACUAUGUGAAGAAUGUGAUAUUAAUGGAGUGUAUUGGGGUCAGAGCUAUACGAAAUCUGGCAAAUAUACUUGCACGUAAUGCAGCGAAAUAUAAUAUAACAUGUAUGUAGUUGUUUUUGUAGCAUUUUGGACCAUAGUUUCUAUGGCAGUUUCAAUCAAAAGUGAUUCUAAAAAGUAGACUGAGAUUUAUAGAUAAGAGUUAUUUUAAAGGAUAGCUUAAAAAUCAGCUUUGAAAAUAAAAAACCAAAAUUCUAACAACUGUGAUGACUACACUAGUGUGUUAUUGAAUUUUCCUCUACUGUUGGACAACCAUUAUAAAAAACGAUGA